ACAGAAUCCAUGUGUGUGAAAGAGAGGGACCCAUGUGGAGCUGUGAGGUAACGUGGAGCAGAAAUAAAGAAGGUGGAGGAUUUUAAGUUCUGAUGGUUAACAAUCCAGAGCAACGGUGAGUGAGGAAAAGAGGUGAAGAAUGGUGUCCAAGCAAGUUAGAAGACACCCGAACGUAUUUCAGAUGAGGUGCUGUGUCCCUACUGUUGUCCUGGCAGUUCUGCUGCUCUGCAGUCCGGCCCUGCAGUCUGACCCACUGCUCCACAUCUCUCCGAUGCAGGGCGACAAAGAAAAACCAAGCAAGUCAUGGCUUAACCCCUCCCUCGAAAACGUGGUCCCAUCCUGUAGAGUCAGCAACCCUCCAACGAUUGGGGAGACGCCUGAAUCCAAGAAGACCUCACACUUACCCAUGUUUAGCGAACAUAUCAAUCUCAAGUGGGUCACGUGGAGUGGAUCCCUCCCGAAUGGUGCUGUUGCCAUCUUUAAUGGUUACACUGAGCAGACAGACUAUGUCUGCAAAGUCAACUGUGAGGCUGGUUUCUACACUCCCAUUAAAGGAAGCUUCUGCCAGUACCCCUACGCCAACAAAGAGUAUGCAUCCUCAAAGUUCGAGGUGCUGGUCAACGUAGACCAUUUUGAGUUCCUGAUGUGGGUUGAAGAUUCAUAUGGUUCAGUUCCUCAGUAUGCCAUUAAAACCUGCCCUGACUCAGACAUCUACGUGGGUAAGAACAAGUACGGACUUGGAAAAGUUGUGUCCCAACACGAGGCCUUCUUCCUGCCCUGGGAGGGUGAUGAGUUCUGGUAUAAGAAGUACCAGGUUCUAGCUAUCAACAGGGACAGCUACAGCCAGCACAUCUCCCAUGUGGACUACAAAAUUGACCAGAUGGAGCUGUUCCACUAUCCUCCAGAGGCCCUGAAGCUCACUAAGGUCACCAACUUGGAGUGCCAAAAUGUGGUAAAGACCGUAACACUGGAGAAGACCACCACAAUGGAGAAGACCUGGAACAUUGGCAGGGAGACUAGGAAUGGUUCCAUAUCCACUAUGACAGCCAAAGUGCCGAUCCUCGGCCCGGGGAACGUGGACUUCACCAAGGAGCAGACUGUGACCUUCUCAGAGGGGACCACCAUGGUGGAGUCCAUCAGUCACACGGUGACCAUAGAGUUGUCAGUCCCACCGAACCACUCAUGUGCUGUGAGGAUGGACGGCAGGAAGAUGACGGCAGACAUCCCAUUCACAGGCAGGCUGAGCAGGACCAACCACAACGGAGACACCCACUGGACUUACAUCACCGGCACCUAUGAUGGUGUGAGCGUUGGGGAGCUCAACGCUGUGGUGGAGAGGUGUCAGCUGGUGACCGACGCUCCGCCCUGCUCCCCAUCACAGAGAUUACUGUGAUAAAUUUACAGAUUUUAAUUUGUUUAUGUGGAAAUUUAAGAAGUAUUUUAUUUUAAUAGUAGCUUCCAAAGCUAAACUUAUUGAAAUAAACUGUAAGGAUGCACAAUA